AUGGUCUCUCUCAGCGAAAAAGCACGGUCCUUUUUGCUAACUUACGCCGGGAUCACUCUACGCACACUCCACAACCACGCCUCUGCAAUGAGGCUCCGAUCGUCUACGGCUCUCGCGCUGCUUCUUCUUCUUCUCUGCUCUUUCGUCGCUGUUCCUACCGGGUCGGCCGAGUCGAACGAGUCGAACUCGGUGGCGGAGGCGGCCAAUGCUGAGUCAAUUAACUCGUCGCGCGGGAGAUCCACUGAGGAGGACAGCUUCGCCGACAUGAUUGAUCGGGCUCUAGAGCGGGAGUUCCCUGAGAAUGAGCAAAAUCAAGCCACGGAUGCUGGUGGCUUCAAUAAUAGCGUUAAUGAACAGCAGGCAGUUCUGGAAACCGUUGCUAGAGUUAAGUCCAAGAAAAAUGACAGCAAGGAGGAGAAGUCAUUUCAGUUUCAGGAUGUUUUCCAUCUGGAUAAUGAGAAUGGAGAAGAAGAUAUGCCAACUUUAAUAGAUCGGAAGGACAAUGUCUUUAUUAUGUCUAAUCGCAAGUCAAAAUAUCCUGUGCUGCAAUUGGACUUGAGAUUGAUUUCGGAUCUUGUAGUUGUCAUUGUCUCUGCAACUUGUGGUGGAAUUGCCUUUGCCUGUGCUGGACAACCAGUUAUUACUGGAUAUUUGCUAGCAGGAUCUGUCAUCGGACCUGGGGGCUUAAGUUUUGUCAGUGAAAUGGUGCAAGUUGAGACAGUGGCUCAGUUUGGGGUGAUCUUUCUUCUUUUUGCUUUGGGCUUGGAAUUCUCGGCUACUAAGCUUCGGGUUGUUCGAAUAGUGGCUGUUCUGGGAGGUCUACUGCAAAUUUUCCUGUUUAUGUGCUUGUGUGGAAUAACAGCCUCAUUAUGUGGCGGGAGACCUUCUGAAGGGGUAUUCGUUGGUGCAUUUCUUUCUAUGUCUUCAACAGCAGUGGUUUUGAAAUUCUUGAUGGAAAGAAAUAGUAUUAGUGCUCUUCAUGGUCAAGUUGUGGUUGGCACUCUUAUACUGCAGGACUGUGCUGUGGGUUUGCUAUUUGCUCUGCUUCCAGUUCUGGGUGGGAGUUCUGGUAUUCUUCAAGGAGUAAUAUCCAUGACUAAAUCGUUGGUGGUGUUGCUUAUAUUUUUGGCCACCUUGUCCAUAUUAUCACGUACUUGUGUACCAUGGUUCCUUAAGCUUAUGAUAAGCCUAUCUUCUCAGACUAAUGAACUCUAUCAAUUGGCAUCAGUGGCAUUCUGCUUACUUGUUGCUUGGUGUAGUGAUAAGCUGGGUUUAAGCCUUGAACUGGGUUCCUUUGCGGCUGGAGUGAUGAUAUCAACAACUGAUCUUGGUCAGCAUACACUAGAACAAGUUGAGCCCAUUCGUAAUUUCUUUGCUGCUCUUUUUCUCGCCAGCAUUGGGAUGUUAAUACAUGUUCAUUUCCUUUGGAAUCAUGUUGAUAUUUUAUUAGCAGCUGUUAUAUUGGUCAUCAUUAUAAAAACUAUAGUAGUUGCCAGUGUGGUCAAGGGAUUUGGAUACAAUAACAAGACUUGCCUUCUUGUUGGGAUGUCUCUGGCACAAAUUGGAGAAUUUUCUUUUGUUCUUCUAAGCCGUGCUUCUAAUCUUCAUCUGGUUGAGGGUAAAUUAUAUCUGUUGCUUCUAGGCACAACAGCUCUCAGUCUGGUCACUACGCCAUUGCUUUUCAAGAUGAUUCCAGCUGUUGUUCAUCUUGGUGUGUUGUUGCGGUGGUUUUCCCCUGAUAACCCAACUGUGAUUGGAUUUAAAGGAGAAAGCUAUCGCUCAGACAGUGCUAAGCGUGUUGCUAUGAUGGUCCAAGGCUCUCAUGAUUCAUGA